AUGUGUAUGCGCGGUCAGAUGAAGUGGAAAACAAAACUAUCAGGUGUCUUUGUUUUGUGUAUAGCCAGGUCUUUUGCAAACAGUGUGUAUAGUCCAUUCGAAGAAGGCAAGAGCCUGUAUUCAGGAAAAAACAGCGCAGAGAGCACAUCAGUGAUCGAUAGAGAAGUAGAGAGAAGUCCAAGCAGCGUAAUAUUCUCUGGAGAUGCAAACAGUGUGCUAAAGUAUGCUAGUGAGUGCAGUCUGGAAAAAGAGAAGAAGAUAGUGAUCAAAAAACACAAAAAAGACGAUGAAAGCAGCGAAGAGCUUUUGCUGCAGUGCAACCCUCUCGUCUUUGGGCGGGAAGUAGCUGAUUCAGAGUACAGCGAAGAGGCAGAAAGCUCCAUGCAUCCUCCUCUGGGCGAGAACAAAGAUGGAACAUUCAGGUACUUAUUUGGCGAUGUGUGGGUGAAAAAUAAGCCGUAUAUAUACGACUCUGCAAAUAAACCGCCUCUGCAAACCAAGAUAGCUUCAGAUGUCCCAGCAGAAAAACCGUCUUUGGAGAAGUACCAUGCAAAUAUACUCAAAGGCACCAAAGACAUCUUUACAAUGCUGAAAAGACCAGAGGUCAUGAAUCUUUUUUAUUGCUUCCUGGUGGUUAUCAGCAUCAUCAGCACAUACCAGCUGGAAAAGCUGGAAAUAUCUCACGCGACAAAAGAUGCUGUAAAAAAGGGCAUAAACACGAUGCUCAGCCAGGUGAAGGAUAGCUUCUUUAGCAGCGAGUCUGACAGGAUACUCAACAGCCCGGAGAUAUCAGCCUAUCUCAAAAUGACAAAGAACAGCAUAGUGUCACAGCAAUUUCUAAUUGCGCCCGGGCUCAUAGACUUGAAAAAAGUGCAGGAGAUUGAAAAGACUCUCUUCCAAGAGAUAAAAAACCUUGGGUUCAGAGGAAGCGAGCUGCCGAUGUACAUAUACAGAUUUGCAGAGGCGUGCAUGCAGGAGAUGCGCAUACCUUUUGGCCACAAGUACGAAGAUCUCACAAGAAUAAUCAACCUCCAUGUGCUCGCGUACUCAUACGAGGCAAUGCUGUCGGUUCUUAAAGACCCAAAAACAAGAAACAUCGACAGCGAGCACUUGAACGAAGCAUUCAGAGUGUUUGGAAGCGAAAUCACAGAGAUAGUUCUGGCAGCCAGAAAGUAUUUCAGCGAGAGCAAAAUACUCGAAGCCAUAAAUAAGUAA